AAGAUAACAAAAGACAGCACGUAUAUCCACUGUUAUUGUGAUUUAAUAUGAAUAUCAUGAUCAAGAGUGGCUAUGAAGUGAGAAAAGAUAAAAUACAGUGAAAAAUAAAUACAUUUUCGUGUAUUAUUCCGUAUUUAAUACAUUAAAUUAAAUAUCCUUCCAAAAUGAGUAACAAGAUAAUGUUUAUAGCUUGUGGAUCUUAUAAUCCACCGACAUUCAUGCAUUUAAGAAUGUUUGAAAUAGCAAAGGAUCAUUUUACACAAAUGGGAUUUGAGGUAAUUGGUGGAAUUAUGUCGCCUGUUCAUGACGCUUACGGGAAGAAAGGUUUAGUGUCACAGACACAUCGACAUUCAAUGUUAAAAAUAGCAACAAAUUCAUCAGACUGGAUUAGAAUUUCUGAAUGGGAAAUGCAACAAGAAGGAUGGUCAAGAACACGAAUGACACUACAAUUUCAUCAGAACUACGUAAAUUCAAUUAUUCGAGACUUAAAUGGACUGAAUUCAAAGAGUAAUUGGCCAAGUUGGGUUCCUGACAAUAUUCGACAAACUAGAGAUCCAGUUCAAGUGAAAUUGCUGUGUGGUGCUGAUUUACUGGAAUCUUUUGCUACGCCUGGGCUUUGGGAGCCUGAUGAUAUAGCUGCAAUUCUUGGCCAUCAUGGCGUUGUCGUGGUCACCAGAAACAACUCAGAUCUCGACAAAUUCAUCUUCGAUUCAGACCUACUCAAUAAAUAUAAACGAAAUAUCACAAUAGUUACAAAUUGGAUCCCAAAUGAAGUAUCGUCAUCUCUUGUUCGGAAAUUUAUUAAACGUGAACUCUCUGUGAAAUAUCUUAUUGAUGACCUCGUUAUUGAGUACAUAAAUAAGCAUGGAUUAUAUCAAACAACGUCAAGUGAUGAUACCAAGUACAUAUUACCAACAUCUACAACCACAUCGGUUAGUACAAUCGAUGUCAUUUUAACGCCCAUUUCGCCCGAAAGUGAAAAUUCAACAUUUAAUGAGAGUUAUGUGAAGAAGCAGAACGAGAAAAAUGAAAGUUCAGCAGUUGAGGAUUUCGAAAGUAUGGAUGAAGGUGAUUUUCCAAUGCCUCCACCACCCUCAAAAGCUAGUUUAACAGUUGAUUUUGUCAGCACAAAUUCCCUACAUAAAGUCUUUUGCUGUGCAUCUGCGGAUGGAACUAAUGUACGUAUUUUACCUCGACCUGGCAGUGCUGUACAAGUUCACAGUGAUGAGACAAGUCGGGGUGAUAAGGUGGGUGAAAAUGAUGCACAAAAUCCUGUAAAUAAAUCGCACGAUGAUGAUUUUGGUGCACCUGAUGACACGGACGAGACUCAAUCACCCAGAUCACCAGAACAGAUUAAUGCACAACCAGAUGAUGAUCAAACUGAUUCUGAAUCACUUAAUGCUGCACCAAAUCAUAAUGCACGUGGACGUUUCAGUCCCAAAUCUUAUGACGAAAUGAUUAAAUUUGUUUUUACUGAGCAUGGAAUUAAAGUUAUAUCGGAUAAGGAAUACGUCGUAUAAAGAUUUUUUCUCAGUAUAAAGGCUGAGUCAGGAGGUUUUCAAGUGACAUUUUCCGUUCGAUUGACAGAGCAAAUAAAACUAAUUGCAGUUAUAUCCAAAAAACAUUUCUAAAGUCAA